AUGCCGGAGAAGAAAGGGGAGAUGUCUACCAAUAAUAGCAAAAACCAGAAGAAAACAAAUCUUUUGGAUCAUCACUCCAUUAAACACAUCCUCGAUGAAUCUGUCACUGAGAUCGUUAAGAGCCGUGGAUAUCCUGAAGAUGUGAGGAUGAGUAAUGUUAGAUUGUUAAUUGGAACUAUCAUCAUCGUCAUCGCUCUUUUUGCUCAGUUCUACAACAAGAAGUUUCCGGAAAACAUGAAUUUUCUGAUCGGAUGCAUCCUGAUCAUGUACACAAAGGAAAAGAACGCGAUUUUGUUUACCCAUCCUCCUGCAGGAUCCUUCAACACCACUGGCUUGAUGGUCUCUUCAAAGUUACCAAGAUUUUCUGACAUGUACACCCUUACCAUAGCAAGUGCAGAUCCCCAAUCAAUAUCUGCUAAGCCGCCUGUGGAAUUUACCAAAAGUGUUACUCAGUGGUUCACGAAAGAUGGAGUUUUGGUGGAGGGUCUGUUCUGGAAAGAUGUGGAAGGACUAAUAAAUGACUAUGGGAGAGAGACUAAAAAGGGCAAGUGA